GUCGAAAUAAAAAUCUCUCAGUAACACAUUUGUGUGGACUGUCGUGGUCACCAUCUCCUAGUGCCUUUGAUCUGUUGGAGAGCUCAAGGAAGAUGGCAUCCCGGUCACAACUUCUUCCAAAUGGACUUGAAUGGCGUCUGGUUCUAGCUGGGGCGAGCCUCUUCACUUUGGGCGCAUUUGCCCGCGGGUUUUUCGAAACUCGGAGAAAAGGCCAGGUGCUGCCAUCGCCACGAUCAACAUUGUUACCCACGCUCUCAACAGAUGAGUUGUCCAAGCUCCCUUACCCACCAGACGUCCUUCCUGGUGCCAGAGACGUUGAUACUCCGUAUGGCUCCAUCCGAGUUUACGAGUUUGGCCCCGAGGAUGGCCGAAAAGUCCUGCUGGUGCAUGGCAUCAGCACCCCCUCCAUUGCAUUGGGCUCGGUGGCUCAACAUCUGGUAGACAACGGUUGCCGAGUCUUGCUCUUUGAUCUCUUCGGUCGAGGCUAUUCGGACACGCCUGAUGAUCUCGAGCACGACAAUCGACUCUUUACCACCCAGAUACUGCUAGUGUUGGCAUCAUCUCCCCUCUCGUGGACUGGUGCUAACUCGGGCAAAUUCUCCCUGAUUGGAUAUUCACUGGGAGGAGGGAUCGCCACGACCUUUGCUUCUUAUUUUCCUCAUCUGAUUGACACGCUGAUCCUGUUUGCGCCGGCCGGUCUGCUGCGUCCCGAACACAUCACCCCCACCAAUCGACUGUUGUAUCAACAGGGCAUCAUCCCCGAGUCCCUCAUCCAGCGCAUCAUACGGAACCGGUUGAGAACGCCUCUGAGUGCGCCUCCAGAUCCCAAGGAUACGAACGUGGACGCCACCAACGCCGUGAAAGCCGAAGUCAAUAUCGAGCACAACUCCCAGGCAGUUCUGUCCAAGAAGUACCCAAACGUUACCGUGGUUGCAGCGGUCGCGUACCAAGUCGAUCACCACCCAGGCUUCGUGCCCGCCUUCAUCUCGAGCAUUCGUCAUGGACCAACGCGAACGGAGCAUGAUCGAUGGCGCGUGGUAGGGAAGCAGCUGACGGAGCACAACCGAGUCAAUCAAACCGAUAAAAAGGUCCUAGUCGUUCUAGGAGAGCACGACCCCAUCAUCGUCAAACAGGAAAUCGAACAAGACGCCCGGGAGACACUGGAAGGUAACGUCGAGUUUGUUACCUUCAAUGCCGGGCAUGAAGUACCCGUGACAUUGGGCGAGGAGAUUGUGAAGACUAUUGUGGAGUUUUGGAGACGAAAUGACUGAGGUCGAACUGAUCUUACUGACGGGAUGAAGAUUAUACUUUACAUAAGUGAUAAAGUUCCAUACAUGAUAGAAGUACAGUACAUAGGUAACUCGUAUAGAAAGACAGUGCGUCAAGCAAGUCAACCCGCCAAACAGCCAA